GACCAGGCUCAGAGGAGGGUAAUGAAAGGUGUGGAUGAUCUGGACUUUUUCAUAGGAGAUGAAGCCAUAGAUAAACCUACCUAUGCUACAAAGUGGCCUAUACGACAUGGUAUUGUUGAAGACUGGGACCUCAUGGAGAGAUUCAUGGAGCAGGUCAUCUUUAAGUACCUUCGAGCUGAACCUGAGGAUCACUAUUUUUUAAUGACAGAGCCUCCACUGAACACCCCAGAAAACAGAGAGUAUCUUGCAGAAAUCAUGUUUGAAUCGUUUAACAUCCCAGGACUUUACAUUGCUGUUCAGGCAGUGUUGGCCUUAGCUGCCUCCUGGACGUCACGGCAGGUUGGAGAACGUACUUUGACUGGAACUGUCAUCGAUAGUGGUGAUGGAGUGACCCACGUAAUUCCUGUGGCAGAAGGCUAUGUAAUUGGAAGUUGCAUCAAACAUAUUCCUAUUGCAGGUAGAGAUAUUACUUACUUUAUUCAACAACUCCUAAGGGAAAGGGAGGUGGGAAUUCCUCCUGAACAAUCUCUGGAGACAGCAAAAGCCAUAAAGGAAAAAUACUGCUACAUUUGCCCUGACAUCGUGAAAGAGUUUGCCAAAUAUGAUGGAGAUUCUCGAAAAUGGAUCAAACAAUACACUGGCAUCAAUGCAAUCAACAAAACCAAGUUUGUUAUAGAUGUUGGUUAUGAAAGGUUCCUUGGGCCUGAAAUUUUCUUUCAUCCUGAGUUUGCUAAUCCUGAUUUCAUGGAAUCCAUUUCGGAUGUAGUUGAUGAAGUUAUACAGAACUGUCCCAUUGAUGUCCGGCGUCCAUUAUAUAAGAAUGUGGUCCUUUCAGGAGGAUCUACAAUGUUCAGGGACUUUGGACGACGACUGCAAAGGGACUUGAAAAGAGUUGUGGACGCAAGAUUGCGACUUAGUGAGGAACUCAGUGGUGGUCGGAUAAAACCCAAACCAGUUGAAGUUCAGGUGAUAACACAUCACAUGCAGCGUUAUGCAGUUUGGUUUGGCGGUUCCAUGCUGGCUUCAACACCAGAGUUUUUUCAAGUAUGUCACACCAAGAAAGACUAUGAAGAGUAUGGCCCUAGUAUUUGUCGUCAUAAUCCUGUUUUUGGAGUCAUGUCAUAAUGCUCAUCUAAUGGAAACAAGAUCUCUGAUAUCUUGCUGGUGAGGGAACUCAUGCAGUGCUGAGGAAGGCAGCAGAGACUGUAAAUACUGAAGCAAGAUGCACUUAACUCUUGGAACCAUUUGGAUCACCAUCGUGCACUAAAGCACAACUUACAGCCCCAAGUCAUUUCAGCACGAGCCAUUUCUCUGCUGACUGCUCAGAGCCUAUCCUUUCUUCCUAAAUGUGAGGUAAUUGAAAAUAGGUAAGUCUCAGUUUAGGAGGUUGUGCAAAUGCUACUGAAACUGAACCCAGAAGAAUAAGGCAGUGUUUUGCUGCUUGUGGAAAGAUUGAAACCUUUCUCACUUGUGCCCUGAGUUUGCAAUCAAAUCUUUAGCAAUGGAGCACUAAAUACCACAUUGCCUUUAGCGGAGUUGGAAUGGAUACAGGUACCUACCCAAAUGGAAUAGAUUCCAGGAAUGGGACAGUACUUUGUAAAGUAGGUUUUCAUAUCAUUUUGAAUGUUAUGAUACUGGUAGGGUGAAUUGAUGAGGUAGUUCUAAGCACGAACAGCUAUCAAUGUCAUGGAGUGAUGUUAUGCAUUUCCAGGUGUGAGGAAUGUAGUGGAGUUGUGCUGUUAUUUUUUUGGGGGGGGAAAAAAAGCCAUGUAUGAUAGAAACUGAUCUGUUCAUGUUUGGAUGACACAAAGUGAUUUGCAGUAUUGUAUGAAGUUUACUAUAGCCACUGUUACUUUGUUUUGAAUUUUCUGAAACUGUUUUAUAGGAGAUGAUGUUUUGUUUUGAUGUUGGUGAGUGGUGGAUGAAACAUGGGCCUUGCACCAGUGAAAUAAAAGCUGUUAACAUCUUUA